AUGAGCGACGAAUGGGUGGAAUAUGAAGAGGAGCAAAGCAUCCAUAUUGCUGACAGACAGGGCCGGUUAGAUGUGGACCGUGGAAAGCGGGAAUCGAAGGCAAUGAAGGACUAUACCAAAAAACUGGAGGAUGAGUUAGGCGAGAACUUCCCGCUUCUCGAUGUGAACAACGCAUUCAAAGUGAGCAAGAUCUACCGAGAAGCGCCGGAUUGGGAGGACUUUACUCCUCGGGAGUUGCAUGGCGUAAUUGUUCCCCAGGAAAAAGAGGCGUCCUUUGAGUACCCGGAUGAAGUUGUGGAAGAGGGUGCCUACGGAGCGAUUUUAGACGAAGAUGGAGUCGAGCUCGAGGGAGAUAAAAGCGAAACUGAAGAUCCUGAAGGCCUCGACUGGUGGACUGUCUCAAAGCAGAAGAGACCACAGUUGGAACCACCACAAGUGAUAGAUGUGUUGGCCGAUGAAACAAGGCUGAUAGCAUUGCUCAAGGACGCCACCGAUGUUGCUGUGGAUGAUGAGCUUCUCCUGAAAGAGACCCGCCUCCUUGAGUCUUUUGACCGACGCAAGCAUGAGGCCUUAGCUCGUGCUGCAGAAACCGAUUUCGAGGGAUUUGUCGGCACAGCCUCGAUGGGGACGAGGAGAGUGCUGUAA